GUCUCACUGCAACACCAUCUCUCUCUCUCUCUAGAUCUCUCUCUCUCUCUCUCUCUCUCUCUCUCUCUCUCUCUCUCUCUCUCUCUCUCUCUCUCUCUCAUUUCGUCUCAAUUCGGAACAUUCUUAGAAUCAGUGUCGUCGGUCCCCCACCUCUCUCCCUCUCUCUCUCUCUAUAUUUCCAGUACUCUCUCUCUCUCUCUCUAGCAGCACCGCCCCGCGUAUUGCAUGUCCAUUUUAACAGAUUCGGACGCGUUCCAUUCCACCGCUUAUAAAAUCAUAUUCAUUUAAAUAAUACCUACUACUAAACCCACCUCUCUCUCUCUCUCUCUCUCUCAUCACCAUCGGUACUCGCACGUUAGUUAUCCAGAGAGAGAAAAAAGCCCACAUCACAUUAGUUAAACCACCAUUACUACGUGCGUAUCCUAUGUCACCUCGAAAAAACUUGACCAAUUGAUAAUGGAAGGACUAGCACUUCCGAAUAACCACCAGCGCCGCUGGGCGUCCGACACCGAGAGCCACGGCAGGGCGGCCAGCGGCGGGUCUUCGCCGGCGACGAGUAUUGGCUCCGGAUGGGCGUCGUCGACGGAUCAGGAGUUCGUCGAGGUCACGCUCGAUCUGCAGUACGACAACACCGUCGUGCUCCGGAGCGUCGAGCCGGCCACGUUCAUCGACAUUGACGGACGAGAUCGCGAUGCCGUUGCGGGCGGAAUUGACGCUCCGUUGCCGGAACGGGCGUCGGCGCCGGUGUCGCCGGCGAUGCGACGGAGCGCGUCGAACAAGCUCCUCCACUUCUCGCAGGAGCUGAAAGCGGAGGCGGUGGCGAAGGCGAAGCAGUUCUCGCACGAGCUGAAGGCGGAGCUGCGGCGGUUCUCGCGGAGUCACGGUCACGCGACGCGUGUCCUGUCGUCUCCGGUGAGCCAAAACGGCAACGUUGGAGUUAGCACAGCCUGUACAACUACGGGUUUGGAUUCGGCCUUGGCGGCUCGAGCGCUGCGUCAGCAGAGGGCUCGGCUCGACCGGACUCGUUCGGGUGCUCAGAAGGCUCUUCAAGGGCUCCGAUUCAUCAGCUGUAGGAAAACCAACGGCGUGGAUCCGUGGAACGAGGUUCAGAGCAACUUCAAUUCGCUGUCGAAGAACGGAUACCUCUAUCGCUCCGAUUUCGCACAAUGCAUAGGAAUGAGAGACUCAAAGGAAUUCGCGCUGGAAUUGUACGACGCGUUGAGCAGGCGACGACGGUUGAAGGUGGACAAGAUCAGCUUAGACGAGCUUUACGAGUACUGGUCUCAAAUCACCGAUCAGAGCUUCGAUUCUCGACUCCAGAUCUUCUUCGACAUGGUGGACAAGAACGAUGAUGGCAGGAUUACCGAAGAGGAAGUUAAAGAGAUCAUAAUGCUGAGUGCUUGUGCAAAUAAGUUAUCAAGAUUGAAAGAACAAGCAGAGGAAUAUGCGGCUCUUAUCAUGGAAGAGUUGGAUCCUGAAAGGCUUGGCUACAUUGAGCUAUGGCAGCUGGAAACACUUUUGCUACAGAAGGAUACAUAUCUGAAUUACAGUCAAGCACUAAGCUUCACAAGCCAAGCCUUGAGCCAAAACCUACAAGGACUAAGAAAAAGAAGCCCAAUCCGAAGGGUGAGCACAAAAAUUCUGUACUACCUUCAAGACAACUGGAGGAGACUUUGGGUCCUUUGUUUAUGGAUCAUGAUCAUGGUUGGCCUAUUCACGUGGAAGUUCUUUCAGUACAAACAGAAGAGCGCGUACAAGAUCAUGGGUUAUUGUGUCCUCACCGCUAAGGGCGCGGCGGAGACUCUGAAAUUCAACAUGGCUCUUAUCUUAUUGCCUGUGUGCAGGAACACCAUUACUUGGAUGAGGUCUACCAAGCUGGGUCAUUUUGUACCCUUUGAUGACAACAUCAAUUUUCAUAAGACUGUUGCUGCAGCCAUAGUAAUUGGUGUAAUACUUCAUGUGGGAAACCAUUUGGCCUGUGACUUCCCACGGAUUACUAAUGAGUCCGAGAAAACGUAUGACGAGUAUAUGAUCAAUGACUUCGGCCCUCAUAUACCGACGUACAUGGACCUGAUUCAAGGGGUUGAAGGGGUGACAGGAAUUCUAAUGUUGAUCUUGAUGACUAUUGCCUUCACACUCGCGACACGGUGGUUCAGGCGUAGCCUUAUUAAGCUGCCCAAGCCCUUUGAUAGGCUAACAGGCUUCAAUGCCUUCUGGUAUUCACACCAUCUCUUUGUCAUUGUCUAUGUCCUGCUCAUCAUCCACGGCACAUUUCUGUACCUCGUGCAUGAAUGGUACCUUAAGACGACAUGGAUGUAUAUUGCUGUUCCUAUACUCCUAUAUGCAGGGGAAAGAACCCUGAGAUUUUUUCGAUCUGGCUUCUAUGAUGUCCGGCUUCUAAAGGUUGCUAUAUAUACUGGAAACGUUCUCACAUUGCAAAUGUCAAAGCCUCCCCAGUUUCGCUACAAGAGUGGCCAAUACAUGUUCGUCCAAUGCCCUGCUGUUUCUCCAUUUGAAUGGCAUCCGUUCUCCAUAACCUCAGCCCCUGGUGACGACUUCCUUAGCAUUCACAUACGGCAGCUAGGUGACUGGACACAAGAGCUUAAGAGGGUAUUCUCAGAGGUCUGUGAGCCUCCAGUUUCCGGGAAGAGUGGGCUUCUCAGAGCGGAUGACAUGACGAUGAAAAGUUUGCCAAAGCUCUUAAUAGACGGGCCUUACGGAGCUCCAGCACAAGAUUACCGAAAAUAUGAUGUCCUACUUCUUGUCGGUCUUGGGAUUGGAGCAACACCUUUUAUUAGUAUACUUAAAGAUUUGCUCAACAACAUUGUCAAAAUGGAAGAGCUGGCUGAAUCAGUCUCCGAUAUCAGUAGGCAUUCGGGUCAGAGUAAUGGGAGUACUAAUGAUUCCCCCUCUUCCAAUAUGGUACAUUCAAAACGAAAGAAAACUCUAAGGACGACAAAUGCUUACUUCUAUUGGGUAACCAGGGAGCAAGGCUCAUUUGAUUGGUUCAAAGGGGUCAUGAACGAAAUUGCGGAAAUAGAUCAAAGGGGUGUGAUUGAGAUGCACAAUUACUUGACCAGCGUUUAUGAAGAAGGGGAUGCUAGAUCAGCUCUCAUCACCAUGGUCCAAGCACUAAACCAUGCUAAGAACGGCGUUGACAUUGUAUCCGGAACUAGGGUGAGAACUCAUUUCGCAAGGCCUAAUUGGAAAAAAGUGUUCUCGAAAACAUGUACGAAGCACGCGAACGCAAGAAUAGGAGUUUUCUACUGUGGGGCACCAGUCUUGGCUAAAGAACUCGGCAAACUCUGCCAGGAGUAUAACCAAAAAGGUUCCACCAAGUUUGAAUUCCACAAGGAGCAUUUUUAGAGAAUUUCUGGGAGGGGUGCAUUUGUACCUAUCUCCAUACACCACUAUACCCAAUACACUACUAUAGGUCCCACUCCAUCUCUAAUACCUACAAUAUUUUUUUCACAGAGUAUUAGAAUUAUAGUAAUUACACGAAAUAAAAGCAGAGAGAUAUGCUGGGUAUAGGCUAUAUAGUGUUGUACAGUCCUUGGUUAAAAAGAGGGAAAGAAAAAUUGUAUGUAUACAUGUUUAGUUUUGCAGUAUAAUACAUUGUGAUUUAUACAUGGAACACACUUUUGAACGACUCGAAUUGCGACUCGAGUUCUUUCUACAUAUCAAACACCCUUUGAACGGCUCGGAUUGCGACCUGAGUUCUUUCCACAUACCAAGCAAGACCCAAAGAGUGGUUCUGGUUGGUGAGAUGGCUAUGGUGGGAAUACUCAUACACUUGGCAGCUGAGUCAACACGGCAAGGAAGAUCAGUGGGAUACAGCUAAAAGAGGAUGGCCUAAAAAAGAAGAAUGACGUGGUCAAGCAUGAUUGGUGGACAUUUCUUGUUGGGGUUAGCAAAUGACAGUUUUGGGGAUUAUUUGGGAGAGAGCUUUUCUGUGUUUGGACCAGAGUAUAUCCUUCUAGAAAGACAACAGGUCCUCAUGGAAUUUAUCUUCAUUUUUGUUAGAAGCAAGUCCGACACACAAGUGUCCGGAGUCGUAUAAUGCACUUGAGUCUCACAAAUGUGUUAUAGGCCACAUCGAACGGCUUCAGAUAUUUCUGUGUUUAGAUUUAAGCUCAAUUGUCUAUAUGCGAAGCUGUUUCGUUGUAAUUGAUGAUACAUCUAGAAGGAAUUUAGGACUAGGAAUCACUUACGUAGUAGAUGGAAGUUUGUAUUUUACUAUCCCUUUUCUCAUAUCGAUAUGUUGUGUAAAACAUAUUAUUGAAUUCUUGUGGAAUGUUUGGGCAUUCCUUCCAAUAGUGAAUUGGUACCCAAAUUCCAGUUAGAUUAUUUUCA